AUGGCCGCGCCCAACAGCACAACGUUCAGUCACCUCACCUUCGUCCUGGUCGGCAUCCCGGGCCUGGAGCCCUGGCACCCCUGGAUCUCCAUCCCCUUCGCGCUGAUGUACACGGCGGCUGUUCUGGGGAACUGUGGUCUCCUCCUGCUCAUCGCCACCCAGCGCAGGCUGCACGAGCCCAUGUUCAUUUUCCUCUCCAUGCUGGUGGUGGCCAACUUACUGUUAUCCACCUGCACCGUGCCCAACAUGCUGGUCAUCUUCUGGUUUGGACCCAAGGCCAUUUCCUUCAGUGCCUGCAUCACCCAGAUGUUCUUUGUGCACUUUGUGGGAGUUGUCGAGUCGGCCGUCCUGCUGGCCAUGGGGUUUGAUCGGUACGUCGCCGUCUGCGACCCCCUGAGGUACACGACUGUCCUCACCAAUGAGAGGAUCGGGAAAAUAGCCACGGCCAUUGUGUUCAGAAGCUUUUGUAUAAAUGUGCCUGUUGUUUUUCUCGUCAAACGGCUGCCCUUCUGCGCAAGCAACGUCAUCCCACACUCCUACUGUGACCACAUCGGGGUGGCCAGGCUGGCCUGUGCGGAUAUAUCCAUAGAUAUCUGGUAUGGCUUAGCAGUGCCUAUUGCAAAUAUUAUACUAGACUUUCUGCUUAUCGCUGUGUCUUAUGUGCUUAUUCUCAGGGCUGUCUUCAAGCUGCCCACAAAAGAGGCCCAGCACAAAUCUCUCAGCACCUGCAGCUCCCACGUCUGUAUCAUCCUCUUAUUUUUCAUCCCAGCCUUUUUCACUUUCCUAACCCACCGCUUUGGCCACAAUAUCCCUAAACACGUUCACAUCCUGCUGGCCGAUAUCUACGUGCUCAUCCCCUCUGUGCUAAACCCCGUUGUUUACGGGAUAAAAAGCAAGCAGCUGCGGGUGCAAAUGGUCUGCGUGUUGUCUCGGAAAGGGAGAUGGUGUUGA